UUGGGAUUUUUUUUUUCGCAAUGACAUCGAAUCCGCGACAAUGGAAGUUCGGAACUCUCGCCGUAGCCUUCCCGGUGUCAGAGGAGGAAGCGCGGCCAUUUCCGACUAGCGUUCCGCGGAGUCGGAUCCCAGUUCUCUCGCAUAUCCAUGUUUUUCGAGUACUGAGCCCUACGAUGCAUCCCGACCAAGGAAGCCGGUGCCCGAAGUAAGGAGAAUUGAUGGUAUUUAGGAGAGCUUGAGUUUGAUGCUAGGUUUCCUUGCUUUUUGGGUUUGAUCCCGACCAACGGGCCAUGCGCUGUUCGAUAGUGGGAAUGCACUCCAGAUUGGAAAAAGUUUUUUUUUUUUUUUAAAUUUCUGAUUCGAAGGAGGUGUUGUAAGGGAAAGGCGGAGAGGUUGUUUUUACAAAGUCGAAGCUGAUUUACUGCGUCAAUCCAUGGAUGAAGGAGGCUCCUUAGAUGGACUAUGGUGGACCUUUUGAGGGAUAUGUGGUUGGCUUUGGGACAACCGAUGAGCUACGUACUGAGGUGUGAUAAGUCGACACCAAUGGUUGCGUUGAUGAUAUUGCAACCCUGGUGCUACUUCUUUAUGUUAUCUGAUACUUCACUUAUCCAGCUUGCUUUUGUCUUGAGAUUACUUAGUUUUCUCCUCUUGUGUUUUCUACUAUUGUAGGAUAAUUACUUGCCUUUGGAAGUAAGAGAUCCUUUCAGACAGGACCGUAAUGUCUACUUAACCCGAUCAAAAGUUUUCCAUGCUAAACUUAAGGUUGAUGUUACUUCGAUUUGUUUGCAGAAUACUCGCAACAUUUCUUGGGUGUCACAAAUAAAUGAUAUCUGAAUUUCUGAAAUAGGAGUCACUGUUCUUUAAGUUCCCCUAUUUUUAUGUUCUGAAUGUCUUCAGCCUGAUGCUUUAGUUUGGUAUUUGAUCUAAUAGCUUGAACAAGAUUCAUGGUAUGAACAAUUGGGCAUGUUCUGGAUGACCAAUAGAUUAUUUAAUCAUACAAGUUGAACCGAUUAGAAUUAGAGAGGUGAGGGAUACAAGGAAAUCAUAUAAAACUCCAUUUAACAGAAUUAAAGGGACAUGAACGUGUUGUUUCAUGCUAGUUUGUGGAAAAACCUUAUUAUUAGGAAACAGUUGUGAUAUUGUUCUGGAUACUCUGAUAUUUGAUGUCGUAUUAUUUAACAACAAAGACUAGUUUAAUCUAGAUCUUGAAGGCUGAUUAAUGAUGGGAGAAUGUUUUAAAGUUGGGACAAUUUCUUGCUGCCUGGCUGAUAAUUACUGUAAGUGAAAAUUCAAGAGUGAUUUGAUAUUUAGCUGGUCGGCAAGUCAGACUUUGCAAGUUAUUCUGGGUUUAUCAGCUGUUCCUUCUUUGGUGAAAGGCCAGCUUUUGCUUCUUUGGUUAAUAUUCCUUCUUGACGUCUCUACUAGACUAAUGCUUUCUUUUUAGCUCUCCUCAACAUCUGGGUUUAUUUGCAGCUCUCCUGGUAGUCAUGGAUUUCUCGUUUCAGGAGGUCCGGCAAGAUAAUUCCAGCAGGUGUUGUAUCUCCUGUCUCCCUGGCCAUGGUUGCUCUCAUGGAAUUCUUCAUAAUUCGCAUGCUCAAUGUCUCGAGAGAGUUCAUACUGUUGAAACACAAACACUUCUGUUAAGGUUCUUGCAUAUUCUGAGGAUAUAGAACUAACUUCGAUAUUUGGCACACAUUUCUCAUGUAUAUUGUUCUUCUUUCCUACAUCUUGAAAGCAUUUAGGUGGUCAAAGUAGUUGGUCCACCUGCCAUCCCAUGGAAUAACUGAGGUCGGUAGGAUAAGGGAUAGGGUAGAACAAUGGACCAGCUUGGUUAUGAUGAUGAUUCGUUUCAAUUGUAAGGCCCAACACAGAUAUUGCUCACUGUUGGAUUUCACCUGUUAACUUUCUGCCUUGCUAUCUAGCCUAUCCCUUUCUAAUGCACUUUCAAUUGCUACUAUCACAACUAGGUUAGCAAUCCGGAGGAUGGUGCAAUAGCUUACUUCUUUUCUCUCUUUAUCUUUUGAGCUUGUUUUUUUUUUUCUGGUUACAAAUAUGCACAUCUCAUUCUUCUUUCUUGCUUUUGACUUCUGUUAGAAUUUGUCUGAACGUGCUCUUUAUUUGGUAAGUGAACAAUGCAAUUUAUGAAAGAACGCGCUCUCUUCUUUUCUUGAUGACUGCCUCUGCUUUCACGUUUUGGUUAUUCACUUUAUGGAAGAGCAUGCUCUCCUCGUUCCUAGAGGACUGCCUUGACUGAAUUACAUUAUCCAUGUUAGAUUUCUGUUUCUAAAAUUUAAAAUUUAGGAUAGAUGAAUUAUCUUAUCAAAUUUAGGUAUUCAUUUUUUUACAAUAUAAUACCUCAACUUUUUUAUAAUUUAUUCUAUGUUUAUUUUUAUUAUUUUUUCCCUACUUAAUAUUUAUUUUUCAUUAUAAAGAUUCUUUUAAGUAAAAUAUAAAAUUUAAGAUAAAUUUUAUAUUUUAAAAAAUUAAUAUGGCUUACCCCCUUUUAACCGGUGAUGCCAAGAAUUGAAACUCUCUUUUCCAUUAAAAUACUUAUAGUUCCUUAACUAAUUAGAGGGUGAUAUAUUUAUUCCACUGAUUAUGUGAUUUACUUUUUUUUUCUAUAUAUAUAUAAUAUAAGGAUGAAUUACGAGGAGUAUUUGGGACUUGCAUAUUCUAGUGUAGUCUUCUCGUACAUGGGAUAUCUAUUAGAAUAUAUAAAUAUAGAGAAUUGUAGUGUAGUACUCUCUUGCUUGCUUGAUUAUAAUGAUUAUACAGUGGCGGCAUCAAAUUCUCUUGCUUGAUUAUAUGAUUAUACAGUCGUGGCAUCGAAUUGUACUCCUUUCUUUUGCCGUCGCACCACAAUUUGGCUGGCUCUCAUCGCCACCACACGGUCCGAAAGGAAUCCCUUCUGUUCUUCUCUCCUUUGAAAAAGUAGAAUUUUUGAUGAGGUCAUCCAAUUCCCACUAUAAAGUUUCCUUCUGCCUGGCUUUCUUCUUUGGCCUCUCUCUCCGUCACAGCUGCAGCCUGCUCUCUCACAACAACACACAAUUCCAUGAGCAUCUCCCUUGAAGACUGUUACUCCAAGCUCGUGCUGCUCUGCCUUCUCAAGGAGGUCGCCCUUCUCCUCCCUCUCCUCCUCAGGUGGCUGUUCCUCCCCAGCUACGCCCGGUGGCCUUCUGCAUCCCCCUCCCCCUCCCCCUCAGAAGACGCCGCAGCCAGAGCGCGACGCCUCGCCGCGGCGGUGAGGGCCAGCCUGCGCGUCACGACCUACGAGGACCUGGCGGGCGAGGAGGAAGACGAAAGGUCCGGCGGCGCGGGCGUCACGUGCGCGGUGUGCCUGAGCGAGGUGGCGGCUGGGGACGCGGUGUGGGAGCUGAGGAACUGCCGCCACGUGUUCCACAAGGGCUGCUUGGACCGGUGGCUCGACCACGACGAGCAUCUCAGCUGCCCGCUCUGCCGCGCGGCCCUCCUCCCAGCACGGCGACCGCCACCUCCGCCACCGGCAGAGCCCAGCUGGGCCGUCGAGCGCCUGCUCUAUCUCUUCGGCGAUGACCAUCUCCUCGCUCCUCCUCUGUAGCCCUAUUUCAUGGAAUCCGUUAUUAAUUUUAAAUUUAGUUAUUAUAAAAAAUCCCUAGUGAUUAUUCUGAUGCAUAUAAAACUUUAAUUAUAUAUGGUGCUUAUUGUUCGUGAUGUGACAGACAAAUAUACUCCAAUGAAUGACUAUGGGGAGUAAAAUAAUUUUUUAAUCAAUUCAAUUUACUUUA